AUGGCAUAUGCACCUUCAGAAGCCACCUUCGCACGCCUUCAUUUUCUCUGGUCAGCGGCACAUACAAUGUUUCCCGUAUCGCCUAACCUUUCCGCUUUGUACAUGAGCGAGUUCAAAAAGAAUGCCGCUGAAGUUCGUUUGAAUUUGGCGGACGGAGUACGACGUAUAUAUUGUAGUUAUUGCGGGAGUAUUUUUGUUCCUGGAGUUAAUUGUAAAGUAUGGGUGGGUGAAAAUGGAUUUAUCAAGAAAAAAAGAUCCCGUGUAAAGAAAACAAAGAAGGUUCAGCAUAGAAAAGGAAAUAAAGGAGAAAGAAUGGAAAUGAAAAUGAUGGGAAUGAAUUUAGAAGUGAUAAAUGAAUUGACUAAUGAUAGCAAAGAUAAUGCUAUGCAGAGUGUUACAAGUGAUGAUAAUUUCAUUAAAAAUAUGGACAAAAAUUCAAAAUCCAAUGACUCAUCGCGAAAAAUAGUCCACAUGUCUUCUGCAUCCGCCUCACAUCUAUAUCAUCCUUACAAUAUUGCUAAAUCUUUCGAACAAGUCGCGCAAAAAGAAGAAAUUGGAUCUUGCGAGUAA